CUGCUUAUGAAUCACUGGCUGAUAGCAUUAUCACAUGUCCGAUUACUUAUCUGCAACAACGCUGUCAUAUUGCUUGGUGAAGCUGAGAGUAACGCAACACUUCUACACAAGCCAGUGUAUGUCAGCGUGUCUGCACAGCUCCAUACUUUACAAGCUUUUUAAACCAAGAGAGGACAACCGAGUCUCUAAUUUAUCAGAUAGACAGAAAUAUAUUAUAUUUAUCUUAAAUAUAAGCAAUAAGGUAUUUAUGCAUUUUAUAUAUAAUGACGGACAAAAUAAUGUUUAUAAAUACCCAAGGAUUUCAGAAUAAAAAGGAUAAACUUAAUGAAAUUGUUAAGACUAAACAACCUAUGGUUUUAGCAAUUGCUGAACAUUUUCAAAAUAAUCAAGAUCUUCUCAGCUGUAUAGAAGGAUAUACAGUACGCUCCUCCUUUUGCAGAGAGUUGAAAAAUGAAAGAGGAGGAGUUGCAAUAUUCGUGAGAAAUGAUGUUGAAUGUAAACCAAGAGAGGAAUUGGAUGUUUAUUGCCAAAAGAAAGCAUUUGAAGUUGCUACUGUGGAAAUACCUUCGAUAAACUUGGUAGUUUCCGCAAUGUACAAACCCCCAAGUAGCAGCAGAACAAAAUUCUACUCAAAUCUCGAUUCAUUGUUAGAAACUUUAAAAUCAGACACAGAUAAAAAACACAUAAUAGCUGGAGACUUUAACAUCGACCUAUCACAGAAUAAAUCUACCAAUGAAGUUAUGCAGAAGAAUGGAUUUAAGUCAACGUUGUCGGAAAGUACUCACGAUUAUGGAGCUUGCUAUGAUAAUUUCAUCGUUGAUUUUGAACCCCGAAAGGCUCGCGUAAUGAGGGGCAAAUUUGACAAAAUAUCUGAUCAUCACCCCAUUGAACUGAUUAUUGGUACGCGUAGUUCAAAGGCUGAAAAAGAUACUAAUUCUGCACCACCUUCUCAGACUUCAAAAGAGUCGGCUUUGUCUUCACAUUCUGAAUCAAAUGAGAAUACAGUCACAUCAACUACAAACAUUACAUCUAAAACUAAGGAAGUUGUUCCUUCCAAACAAUCAUCUCCAACCUUAUCAGAACGUGCAGUUUCCUCAUCCAAAAACUCUAAAACAAACUCGAAAAACAUCAUUCCUACAAAACCCUCUCCAAUUUCAACAUUAGAAUCUGAUGUAUCAUCAAGUAACAACUCUAAACUAAAAAUGAAAAAGAUCACUAAUUCUAAAAUAUCAUCUUCAUCUUCACAAUCAACAUCAUCAGAAUUCAAUGUCUCUGCAACUAGUAAUCGUAAACCAAAAGCGGAAAAGGGUAUUCCUUCCACAGAAUCUUCUGCAACGGCUGAAAAAGAUACUAAUUCUCCACCACCUUCUCAGACUUCAAAAGAGUCGGCUUCGUCUUCACAUUCUGAAUCAAAUGAGAAUACAGUCACAUCAACUACAAAAAUUACAUCUAAAACUAAGAAAGUUGUUCCUUCCAAACAAUCAUCUCCAACCUUAUCAGAACGUGCAGUUUCCUCAUCCAAAAACUCUAAAACAAACUCGAAAAAACAUCAUUCCUACAAAACCCUCUCCAAUUUCAACAUUAGAAUCUGAUGUAUCAUCAAGUAACAACUCUAAACUAAAAAUGAAAAAGAUCACUAAUUCUAAAAUAUCAUCUUCACAAUCAACUUCAUCAGAAUUCAAUGUCUCUGCAACUAGUAAUCGUAAACCAAAAGCGGAAAAGGGUAUGCCUUCCACAGAAUCUUCUGCAACGUUAUUGGAUGUAUUUUUAGGACAACCCGUGGGUCUUGAUGAACGUAAUGACUCAUCAUCUAAAAUAUCUUCACCAAAACGGAAACAGAUUGCUCCUUCUACAGAAUAUCAUCCAACUUCUGCAACUUCAUUUGACUUAUAUAUGGGACGAACGCAUGGUCUUGAAAAAUGUGAUGAAACCUCAUAUAAUUGUGGGCUUAAUGACAGUGAAAUUUUAUUGACCAGAAACACUAAUACAAAAAGAGAGAACAUAUACACUGCUUCUACACGACCUUCUAGAUCUUCGUUGGACUCUAUUUCAAAACCAACUCGAAGCCUCAAUGACGUUGAAACUUCAUCAAUACGAAGCACUAAACCAAAAGGAGCCAACAAAUACACUCUUUCUAUGCCAUCUCCUCCAGCUCCUUUAGAGUCUACUGUAAACUUAACUCGUGGUCUCCAUGAAAUGGAAGUCUCGUCAACCAGAAUCACUAAACCCAAAUUUAAAAAAGAAAACGUUCUUACACAACCAUCUUCAGUUUCAGUUCAGUUAGAUUCGAUUUCAAGCCUAUCGUCCGAUAUAAAAAGGUCUGGGACCUCCUCAACCAGAACCCGCAAACCAAAAACCAUAGAUGUCUUGUACGAUGUCUCGUAUAAUUAGAAUCUCUUCCACUUUCAUUUUGUAUAUUUUACUAUUAAAUAUAGUUAACUCCUGCACCAGAAACUAUCAAAUAAAUAAUUGUAAUUAAAAACUGCGAGUCCAUUUAAAAGAUUUAAAACCCAAUGUAGUUGUUUAUCAAACUGGAAGCGAAUAUAUGUUUUAUUACUUAAGUUAAAAGCAAUCCAGGUAAUUACAAUAUUGGGUUUAAUCUCAAAAGACAGAAUCAAUAAACUUACAAUAAACCAUAAGCCCAUAGGUUUGGCCGUGGGAUGGUUGGUAAAAUACAAAGAAAAUGGGCUGAACAAUUAUAAAUUAUUAAAAUUGAAAACGGGGAAUAUAAAUGGACUAUUAUGUAAGAAAUAAUAGGACAUGCGAGAUUGAAACCUGAUUUUAUCGAUAUUUUAAAAACAUAUUAAAGAGUACAAUUCACAUUUUCAAUAGCAAUAAGGAACUGAGGAACAUACACCUCCUAGGACUGCAUAUUAUUGUGAUUUGAAUACCCUCUAUACAUCUUCAUGGUGGUCAACGCUGAGCGAUCUUGUUCUAGCAAGCAGCCAACCUAAUAGUUUGUAAGUCACCUUUAAGCCGUUGAUCCCAAUUUUAAGGUUACAGAGGGCUUAUUAGCCUUAACUUUGCCUGGCAAGAUAAGAUAUUUAACUUUUUUGUCACACAGAUCAUAAUACGUUACUUGAAUGAGGAACUCAGCUCUGUCAUAUUUUCCCCCCUAAAGUGUUGCUUGCCUCUUUUUAAAUAUUUCUCUUCACGAGUAAAACGUUUCCUAACCAGUACAACUGCUGAUUUAUUAUUAUUAUUAUUACUAUUACUAUUAUUAUUAUUAUUAUUAUUGUUAUUGUUAUUGUGUAUUAUAAGGCUUUUAUGGAAAUAAAUAGUUCAAUAAACUAUGA